AAAAAAACCAUGUAAUUUUUAGUAUCUAUUAAUAUUCUCAUAAGCUCUGCUUCCCUCCAUAACUCCUUUUAUCGAGAACAAAACAAAGUAAAAGAGAAGAUGGUGAGUAUUGUACAACCAAGCUUUUGUUAUCCUUCUGUGUCGUCUUCUUCAAUGAAAAAGAAACCCAGACAUUACGAACAGUUGAAGCAAAAACAAAUUCAAGACAACAAUGGUUUCACUUCCCUUUCCUUCACUAAACCAUCUCCCAUUCCCAUCCUGAUCGGAAAACAAUCGAUUCACCGGACCCAACUCGAAGCCUUAAGCUCCGUCAUCACAGACCUCGAAACCUCAGCUCGAAAAGGCAUCACAAUCAGCGAACCAGAGAUUUUCGCCUCUCUUCUCGAGACAUGUUACAGCUUAAGAGCCAUUGACCUUGGCGUUAGAGUUCACCGUCUUAUACCUGUGCACCUCUUGCGCAAUAACCUGGGGAUUUCGUCGAAGCUUGUUAGGCUCUACGCGUCUUGUGGCUACGCGGAGGUUGCACACGAGGUGUUCGAUCGAAUGUCCAAGAGAAAAUCAUCGGCUUUUGCUUGGAACUCUCUUAUCUCUGGCUACGCGGAAUCGGGUCAGUACGAAGACGCCAUGGCUCUCUACUUUCAGAUGGCUGAAGAAGGCGUAAAACCAGACCGGUUCACUUUCCCACGCGUCCUUAAGGCUUGUGGAGGAAUUGGGUCUAUUCAGAUCGGAGAAGCAAUUCACCGUGAUUUGGUCAAGCAAGGUUAUGGAUACGAUGUCUAUGUGCUUAACGCUCUUGUUGAUAUGUAUGCAAAAUGUGGCGACAUUGUUAAAGGAAGGAAUGUUUUCGACAUGAUUCCUAACAAAGACUACGUUUCUUGGAACUCCAUGUUGACUAGUUACCUUCAUCAUGGCUUGUUACAAGAGGCUAUGCACAUUUUUCGUCUUAUGGUUCAAGAUGGGAUUGAGCCUGAUAAGGUUGCUAUAUCCAGUGUUCUAGCUCGCGUUUUGUCUUUCAAACAUGGACGUCAACUACAUGGAUGGGCAAUUAGGCGAGGAAUGGAGUGCGAGCUAUCCGUUGUGAAUGCUUUGAUUGUUCUAUAUUCCAAAAGGGGACAAUUGAGUCAAGCCUGCUUCAUAUUCGAUCAGAUGCUAGAGAGAGAUAUCGUAUCUUGGAAUGCUAUUAUCUCUGCUCAUUCGAAAGAUUCUAAUGGUUUGAAGUAUUUUGAGCAGAUGCAACGUGCUAAUGCUAGACCUGAUGUUAUCACGUUUGUCUCGGUUCUGUCUCUCUGUGCUAAUACAGGAAUGGUCGAAGAUGGAGAGAGACUAUUCUCUUUGAUGUCGGAGGGAUAUGGGAUAAGCCCGAGAAUGGAACACUAUGCUUGUAUGGUGAAUCUCUACGGAAGAGCAGGGAUGAUGGAAGAGGCCUACUCAAUGAUUGUUCAAGAGAUGGGGUUUGAGGCUGGUCCAACUGUUUGGGGUGCUUUGUUAUACGCUUGUUACCUCCAUGGAAAUGCAGAUAUAGGAGAGGUUGCUGCUCAACGUCUUUUCGAGUUGGAACCUGAUAACGAGCACAAUUUCGAGCUGUUGAUGAGAAUUUAUAGCAAGGCAAAGAGGGCAGAGGAUGUUGAGAGAGUAAGGCAGAUGAUGGUAGAUCGAGGAUUAGAGGCAUAAAAACUGGGGUUAUAUUCGAAGCGGUAGCCAUGGCCACAAACCUUGAAGAGGAAUCAAGUGGUGAUACAGAGUUCGUGAAAGCUUCUUGUGAGACAACAACGUACCCGGACCAAUGCUUCCAGUCUCUGUCUUCAUAUGCAAGCGAGAUCAAGAAGCGGCCUCGUCAGCUCGCCGAGACAGCGCUUGCCGUUAUCACGGCUCGAGCAAAGUCAGCUAAAACUUAUGUCUCGGACAUGACUGACUAUAAAGGAAUCACAAAGAGGCAGCACGAGGCUGUAUUGGACUGUGUAGAAGAGAUGGGAGAUACUGUUGACAGGUUGAGCAAGUCGCUGAAGGAACUGAAGCAUCUGGAGGAAGGCGAAAGCGGAGAAGACUUCUGGUUCUGUUUGAGCAAUGUACGGACAUGGACAAGUGCGGCUCUGACAGAUGAGACCACGUGUCUUGAUGGGUU